AUGCUUGAUAACGGCCUGUUCAGGAUCAGUUUAAACCUAAGGUACAAAUCCAACCACAAGUAUGAAUACCUGUACAAAGCUGAGUCCUUGAAUGCUAUCAAUGGUGCUUCACAUCUCAGGAAUGGACCUAAAGUCACUUGCAAGGUUGAAAUUGAAGUUCCUAAGACUUGUAGUUUCAUUGUCCACACCACUGGCUGUAGCCUAAGUGAGGUGGUCGACAUGGACGCAGAGGGCAACCCUGUGUUCGGUCUUGCUGCAAGAUCUGAUGCCUUUGCUGCUGAAAUGGAGAGGUAUCCUCUGAAGGUUGUGGUUGAGGGUGUGUACAAUGUGAAACUAUACCCCGAGGAUGGUGAGACAACAACCAUCCUGAAUGUAAAGAGGGGUAUCAUAUCUGCCCUGGCGGUACCUCUGGUGGAAGAAGACAAGAACAAGAACAUGCCCACUAUCCAUGGAAUGUGCAAGACCCAUUACUCCAUCAACACUAGAGAUGACAUAGCAACCGAUAUAAGCCUUACCAGGGAUCUGUCCAGGUGUGACAAAUUUGUCCCAAUGAGAGAUCACACCAGCCCCCUGGCAUUUAUCUCUGGCAUGCACUACCCUCUUGCUCAGCUGGUCAGAAGCUCCCAGACCUGCAACUACAAAUUCGACAAUGAGAAGAAACACAUGACCUCUGGCUCCUGCACUGAGAACCACAUCCUCAUUCCCUUCUCACAUAAGGAGGAAUAUGGAGUUACCAAUAUUGGGAAGCAAGAGUUGACUCUGGUUCAGAUUUCUCCUCACAAUGACAGAGCUUUUCACCACAGUGACAUUGUCAAGGGUCUUCACAUGGAGGCUGUUGAGGACAAGAGUGCUGUCCAGGAUAAAGAUGCAGGUCUGAACCUCCUAAGAGAACUGGCCAAUCUGCCCGAGACCGAGGGUGAGAGGAGGGCCCACCUCUUCCACAAGCUUGUCACCAUGUUCCGUGGAAUGAAGGCCGAGACCCUGAGUCCCGCUAUUCCUGAGGCUAUUGCUGUGUCCCGUGUCCUGACCUACCAGGUUCUGGCGCAGUGUGGAACCCCUGAGUGCAGCAGUGCUAUCAUGCAGAUUCUCAGGACUUUAGAAAGCUCUUCACUCGAGGUUGAUGCUGCUGUUUUUGCUUUGGGACUCAUGUCCAAUCCCUCUGCCCUCCUGAUCAAUGACAUGCUUGAGAUGGCCAAAUACAAGUCCAGCAAGCCCAUCAUGUAUGCCCUGAGCAAUGUUAUCAAGAGGUUUUACAAAGCUGAAGGAAAACUGAUCCCUGAGAUUCACUCUGUGGCUGAGUUCAUGGCUGCCCAGCUGGGUGAUUGUUCUGGUGACAAGGACAACACUUUCAUGACACUGAGGGUAGCCAGUGUUAGUAUCACUGAGGAUGUAACCAUCACUGACAAAAUCAAUUUGAGAUCAAACAGCAAGAUUGAAGCCACAAGUCCGUUUGGUCUCAAUUUUGCACUAGAGCACACGGGUAUGGCAGGAAUCAAUACUGAAGAAAUCUCUGCAGAUAACAACUUUGAGGGAAUGUUCAAGGCUGGACCUAUGUACGGCAAGACCACUUCGACCCAGUCAGUUACCAUCUUCCCAUUCAGGCCAGUGGCAAAGAUUGAUUCUAUUGUUCAGUUUGACUCCACAAUUGUUAGGGGCCAAAACACAUUUACAGCAUCCCUUGCCAAUGGUGAAUUCUCAGUUGUAUCCAACACCAAUGCCUUUGAAGAUGUCUUGACACAUGUUGUUGAGCUUUACUUCAAAGACAGCAAGUUGUUACUGAAAAGUGAUUCAAAUGCCCUUGCUGUUGGCAUGAAGAUCCGCAACCAGGUUGAAGCCUCUGCUGGUGCCGGUGAAGUCGUCAUGAGGAUGGAGACAAAUGCAGACCACUCUGAAAACCGGGUUUACUCUCUGCUGACUGCCUCUCUUGAUGCCAAUGGUUUGGCUGUAAACAGUGAUGCCUCAAUGAAGCUUCUUGAGAAUGAGGCUAAUCACAAGACAACUCUGAGGAUGAACAAGGACGGGUUGACCACAAGUGGAACAACCACCCUGCAGAGCCCCCUGUCCCUAGAAAACACUUUCAAUGCUGGGCUUGACACUUCAAGAGCUACUUUAUCUAUUACCAACAAGGCUGUAAUGCGUGACAUCAAGGUUGACAAUGCCAACAAUCUCAUCAUUACUCUUUCUAGCCUUGACUUUAACUCAAAGGCUGAAGCCAUAGCAAGUGAGUAUGCCACUUAUGCUCAUGAUAUCACCAUCGACCUGAAACCCUACACUGCUUCUGCAAAUGUUAACAACAACCUGAAAGUUCUGGCUGCCAACUUCAUUAAUGAGGCUCAGCUGCAGGCAGAGUUUUACAAGAUGGACCUGACUGGAAACCUGAAAGCUAUUUAUGGCGAGGAAGAGAUCAAACACACCUAUCAGGUAAAUUAUGCCGAUAUGACUGCUAUUGCAAAGUGCAGCACCACUGGAAAACUCUUGGGAACUCACAUGAACCACAACACCGAGCUUGAAGUUGUCGGUCUUGCUGCCAGGAUCACCAACGAUGCCCGUUUCAACUCACAGGCAAUGCGCUUUGAUCACACCAUCCGUUGCAGCAUUGUUCCUUUUGAUUUCAACCUUGAUGCCAUCUUUAAUGCUGAUGGAGACAUCACCAUGUAUGGAAAGCACAGUGCCCAGCUCUAUGGCAAGUUCCUCCUUAAAGCACAGCCCCUAGCGUUUGCUAGCACACAUGAAUACAGAGCAUCAAUAACCCAACAGCUUCAUAAUGGUUUUUCUCUUCAGACUAUUAUUGACAACAACAUGGAGACUGUAAUGUCACUCCAAGAGCAGAAGACUACUUUUAGAAUGAAGUCUAAGUUGAAUGACCAAAUCUUCAAUCAGGUCCUGAGUGUUUACAAUACUGCUGAGAGAACUGGAAUUGAGCUUUCUGGCACCAUUCUCACAAGCGUCCUCAACACAGACUCCACAGACAACCAGGAAUUCACCAUCUCUAGCUUCCUCAAGUAUGACAAGAGUACAAACAGUCACAUCAUUCAGAUUCCUAUAAUUGAAAAUCUUUCUGCUUUCUUGGAAAGCAUCAAGGGCUUUGUUGUGCAUAUCUCAGAGACACUGCAAGACUACAUCAACAACGAGGAGAUAAUGGCUAAAUUUGAGGCUCUCCCCAAGCAUAUAAAUUACUUUGUUUCUCAACUUAAUAUAGAGGGCAAGGUAAAUCAACUGAACCAGUAUCUCAAUGAUUUUACCCAAGAAUAUACUAUCUCCAAGGAGGAUGUGGAGGCCUCUUUGAGAAACCUGAAGGUUGCUGUUGAAAAACUGCUGGCUGAUCUCACUGUUUACAUCCAACACUUUGCUGGUAUGAUGAAGGAGAUCAUUGUUAGCGGCACCGUCCCUGAAACCCUCAUUCAGAAUAUCCAGCAACUUCUGAAUGCCUUUAAUGAGGAGUAUGACAUUAGGGCUAUGGUCGUGUAUGUGAUUGAUACCAUAAGAGAGAUGGUCCAGCAGAUUGACUUGGAAAAACUGAAGGACAGCAGCAUUGCAUUCCUGCAUGACAUUGAUGCCACGUACGAAAUCAAGGCUAAACUUCAAACAAUCAUGAGUGAUAUGAAAGGAGUAAUUGAGACCUUUGACAUGCAGAAAUUUACUCGUGACCUGAAGAGGUAUAUUUCAUCGAUCAACUUCAUAGCUCACAUUGAGGAACUAGUUAGUCAGAUUCCCACAGACAUUCUCACUGAUAUAACACAUUACAUUAAGGAAAUGAUUCAGGACCUUGACAUCCUAGGUCAGAUCGACACAUUCUAUGCCAAGAUGAGAGAGAUGAUUGUAAAGUUUGAGGCUGACAAAAAGGUUCAAGCUGUCCUCGAAAAGGCUGUGGAGCUCAUCAAGCAGUUCAGAAUUGAGGAAACCAUCAAUGCUGUAGUCAAGGUGGUGAGAGACGCAGACAUACCUACCAAAUUCAUACAAGUCUUCCAGGGUGCUAUCAACUACUUGAAAUCAACUGAGGCCAAGGAUAUAAUUCAACAUCUGAAUAUGCACAUUGAAACAAUUGUACAAAGGCUUAACUCACUGAAUUACAAUGACUUUGUGGAUUAUGCCAAUCAUAUCAUUCUUGAGUAUACAUCUUACCUCAAUGAACUGAUCAGGAUUCUUGAAAUCCCCCAGAAAUUUGGAGCAAUGAGAGAUUUUGCCAACUUUGUCAUAUCCUCUAUUAGAGGCUCUAUGGAACACCUGAGAGAAAUUAUGAAAACUGCUCAGGAAGUAAUUGACCAGAUUGUGUUUAAUAAUCUGAAGGGAUUUGCUGACAUUGUAAAGCAGGAAAUGUCAAACCUGGAUGUUAAUGCUGAAAUUACAUCUUAUCUGCAGUUGGCAAGUAGGUGCUAUACUGAAUUUCUAACUUUUGCUACUGACAUGUUCACCAAUAUGGUUGAGAUGAUCAUGACGGUGGCACCUAAACAAAAAAUAUUUAGAGAGCUAUUGCAGAUCAUUGAGGGUCUUAUUACACAACUAAAGAAAGCCAAUUUGAAUAUACCACCUUUCACAAUUCCUUUCACUGAUCUUGUCGUGCCCUCCAUGACAUUAAGCAUGGAUAAUCUUCACCAGCUUGAAAUUCCAACACAGCUGGACAUCCCUGAGUUUACUAUCUUGGGGUUCCAUACAGUGGAAGCCACUACCAUCUCAACUAAUAACAUUAAGCAGAGAAUCAUUGACUUGGUUGAUUUCAUUCUCAACUUUGAGAUGAAGAAGUUUGAUAUGCGUGCUUUGUUUGGAGACCUGACUAUGGACUACCUUCCUGCUGUCCCUGAAUUUUCACUUCCUGACAUUUCUGUACCCGAGUUCUCCCUUCCCACUCUGCCUCAUUUUCCAUCAGAGAAACUUGUUACGACUCUCCAACUCCCAGCAUUUAAGCUGCCAGUCAUUCCUAGUGAGAUCAGGAUUCCAGGCUUUGGCAAACUGAGUUGCGAGAUGAAAGUCAACACCCCCAUCUACUCUAUUAGGAAUGCCGCUGAAGUCCAAACCUCUCUGGACGUAGAUGAGACUCCCCAAAUGACAGCUUUUCUCACUUCCCAAGGGACAUCACUUAGCUUUGAAAUCCUUAACUUCAAUCUGGAUUCCACUGCUCGCGUUGCUCUUCCCAAGGGUCAUCAUCUGAUUGCAUCUGAGACCCUUAAGAUCACUCACAAUUUUCUCACAGUGGACCACCAUGCAUCUGUGACAUUUACUGAAUUCUCAGCCCAGGCCUCAGCCAAGACCACAGUAAAGGCCACCACAGCACCUUAUAAUGCUGAACUUUUACAUGAAGCUUUCUUAGCAACCAAUGGUGGUUUAUCUACGACUAUUGACACUUCCUAUAAACAUGUGCUCACCCUCCCAAUCAUGGACCUCACCAGUGAGGCAUCUGUGACACAAAAAUGUGUGGCUCGUCAGACAGGUACAUCUAUUACCAUAACUGUUGGAAACCAGGGUACAACCAUGUUCAACUCUCAAGAAAGUACACACAAGAGUGACCUGCAAGUCACAGUCAAUCCGAAUAUAUUCAAGUUGACCUUCAGUAGUGACACAGAUACAUUCCUUUUGAAGACGAGACAAACCUUGAGUGCUGACUUUGUCACCUUCAACUAUUUCAAGUUUGAUGUUCGUUCUGAAACAGAAUGCUCCACAAUCAAAAGCAGCCUUUUAGUGGGAUCAGUAAAUGUCAAUCUGCAUGACAUGAAGCUUGAGCUGAAGGCAACCCAGAACACAGAUCUACUUGGUAUAAUCAAUGGACCCUUAUACAAUAUGAUCAAUGUUGUUGUCCGUCCCAGAGAGGCUGCGUUCAUCUUUCAGAAUAAAGGAAACACCAAAGUCAAUUUCAAUGAUGCUCUUACAGCCAAAAUUGAUCUGCAGAAUGAUUACUCUGCAACCUUCACGCCUGACAAACAAUACAUCAACACAGUCGCUCUAGCCCGUCUUAAUCAGUACAAACUGUUCUGGAACUUCACUGUAGAGAACAAUGAGAAGGAGGCUGCCAUUCUUACUGCUUUAGAAGGAGAAGCAGACCUGGAUUUCCUGACUAAGCCCAUCAGCAUUCCUGAGAUUGAUAUUCCAUUUAUUGACUUCCGUACCCCAGCCAUUAGUGAUCUUGACUUGUAUGACCAAACUGGGCUGAAACACAUUUUGACUACAACUGAACAGACUGUUGAUGUGGAUGCCAAGAUUGUUUACCAAAAAAGCCAAGCAGCCCCAUCUGUCGAUAUGAUGGGUCUGUUCCAGAUUCCCUCUGUGGGUAACCUGAUCACAGAACUGUCCUUCAAGUCUGCCAUUUUCAAUCUGAAUGUCAAUGCUGGACUGAAUGCUGAAGAUGAUCUUGUGUUCCGUCUGGGAGCUACCACAGCCUCUGUGUUUGAGAGUCUACAAGCCAAACUUGAUGGCACCACCAGCCUGACCACCAAGAGAGGAAUCAAGUUGGCCAAUUCCCUGUCCCUUGAAAAUCGUCACAUUGAAGGCACUCAUGACAGCACCAUCAGUAUGAGUACUAAAACAUUUGAACCUAUAGUCUCUGUGGCUACUAAUGCAAAGAUUGCCCUGCCUAUACUCAGACUGGAAGCAAAUCAAAAUUUUGUUGCAGACACUAAAACCAAAGCAAAUGCUGUCUCCACCUUGAGGAUGAGGGCUGAUUUCAACAUCCCUAUGAUCAAGGCUGUUGGAAAGGCUGAGGCUGACCACAGUCUGAAGCUGGAGGGAAACUUUGAGUACCUUUCCAUGGAGUCAUCCACCAGAGUAAACAUGGAUGGUACUGUGCUUGAGGACUAUCUAGUUUUGGGAGUCCUUGAUAAUGAGAUUAAUCAGUACCUGAAUAAUGAUGGACUACGCUUUACCUCCAAGAUUAUUGCCGAUGCCAAACUUAACUAUGGCACCAACAAACUCAUUGGCUUGGACGUAAAUGAGAAUAUUGCUGUUGAAGCCUCCUUGAGACGUGUGUAUGCAGUGCUGAAAUAUACUGGCAACAAUGAGGCAAACAUGUUCAAUUUCAACACCAACGGAAGGCAUAUCACCAAGGUAACCAUUGACUUGGCAACAAUGUCUUCUUUGACUGCGGAUAUUGAGGUUGAUAUCUCUCAGCCAAGCAGCCUGGGUGAACUCACCAUCUUUGAGAAAACUGUUGCUGAAGUGACAGCUGCCAAGCAGAAGAUCUCUACCAAUGCUAAGUUUGUGAGCCCACUGUACACCACAAACCUGGCAGCAGAAAUAGAGGGCAACACUCCUGUCUUCAUAGUCACCUUUAAGUCCUCUGCCACCUCUGUCAUUGUCUCCUUGGAAUAUGACCUGGACUGUAAGUUAUUCUUUUCACAGAAUCUAGUUUUUGACUCUCGUCUCACACUAAAUAUGGACAUAACCAGCCCUGCCUUCACUGAUGUGAACUUGCGUUAUGCUGUCCGCAAAGAUGGAAUCAGUGCUACAAUUUCUAUUCCAUCUACUGGCCUCCUGGGUCUUCAGCUUCAUGGCAGGGCUCCAUCACAGAUGAAUGCCAGGCUUUAUGGUCGCUAUGCUUCUGAUCCUGGGAAGGAUGUGGAUAUUUUCACUAUCAGAGCUUCUGCCAAGGAUGCAAAUAAAAUGAAUCUUAAGAUGACUAUUAACAUGGAUGCCCCAGACAUCAUGAUCCGAGGAUUGCAGGAAAAAAUUCCUGCCAUCACAUCUUGUUUGUCUAGCUUUGCUGAGAAAUACCAACUGUUCAGGCAUGCUGCUCAGUUGAAGAACAUUAUCAUUUUCUAUACUGAGGAGGCCCACAACAUUGCAAACAACCACGCCCCACAUGUGAGCCAGGUGUCUAUCCUCUUUAGGAACACUGUUGUUCAGUACCAGAAGACUGUACAGGUUUUCUUAAAUGCAGCCAUCAAGUUUCUGAGAGAGACCCAGGUCAAACUGCCUGGCUCUGACGAGAUGACCACUCUCAUUGAGGUGCUCAAUAAUACCAUGACCAGCAUUACUACUAUGCUCGAGAAGGCAUUGCAGCUAGUGGCUGUUAAUGUAGAAUAUGCUCUAAAUGUCAUGCUUGGCAUGGUCAGUAAAAUUCAGGUCACAAUGCCCGUUGGGGAUGUCAUGGCUAUAGCCAAAUUAACUGACCAGAUUAGGGACAAAGUGAAGACUAUGUCUAACCCCAUUGUGGAUUAUUUGAAGCAUCUGGAGAGUUUAGACAUUUUCCUGGAUGAACUGGGUGACACCCUAAAAUUCUUUGUUGACAAAGCUCAGGACUUUGUUGACAACACCCUAAAGUCAGAUGUACUUGAUGCCAUUGCUGUCUACAUUAAUGCUUUCUAUGAUAAACAUGUAAGCCUAAUGAAAACAAUGUCCAAGUAUGCAAACACAGCUGUGAACACUGAGUCUAUAAAUAGCCUGAUUAACUACAUUCUGGAUAUUUUCAGAUCUGAAGUGAAUGCAUUUAAAUACACUGUUACUGACUACCUGCAGCAGGCUCCUGCAGACUACAGGUCUUAUGUAAAAGUAAAGGGUACAAAACUGGAGAUUAAUCUUUGA